UUCGACAAGGGAAAGUUCAGAUAAUCCGAGAGCAAAACCACAUCGAUCAGUGAGAGAUUUCCCUUUUGAAUCUUUUCAGUGCAGGAGCUGAGCUCGAAUAUAAACCGCGGCCCCUCCUGUUGCCAGUUUCGAUCCCGGGAUGUCGAUUGUAAGUGCUUUCCCUGUGGAUGCCGUCACCCUGGUGUUGCUGGGGGCUCUGACCAUUAUCCUCCUGCUGUAUUUCAACAGCGGCUUGAAAAAUCCCGGAGUCAUCAACUUCCCCCCGGGACCCCCUUCUCUCCCAGUGAUCGGGAACCUGCACAUGUUGGAUCUGAAGAAGCUGAACAAAUCUUUGAUGAAGCUGUCUGAGAAAUAUGGUGAGGUAUUUAGCAUCAAGCUGGGACCCACAACUGCAGUGGUGCUGACCGGUUAUGAAGCAGUGAAGGAUGCUCUUGUCAACAAUGCAGAUGAAUUUGGAGAAAGAGCACGCAUCCCAAUAUUUGAAGCACUUUCAAAAGGACACGGUAUUGUUUUUGCUCAUGGGGAAUCAUGGAAGCAAAUGAGAAGAUUUGCCAUCAGCACGUUACGAGAUUUUGGAAUGGGAAAGAAAACCAUUGAAGACAAAAUAAUUGAGGAGUCAGAUUUUCUGGUAAAAAUGAUUGAUUCUUAUGAAGGGCAACCAUUUAACCCAACUGUUCAACUGAAUGCUGCUGCUGCCAAUAUAAUUUGCUCUAUAAUUUUUGGUGACAGAUUUGAUUAUGAGGAUGAAACAUUUGUCAGUUUAAUAAAGAGAGUGAAUGAAAAUGCUCAACUUCUUGGUUCACCUAUUGUCCACCUGUACAAUGCAUUUCCACUCCUGAGAUUCCUUCCAGGAUCACACAAUAAAGUGUUGAUCAAUAAAGAAAAGAUGAUUAGCCUCUUCAAAGGUUUCUUCAAAGAAAAUCGUCAGAAACUAGAUGGCAAUGACCUGAGGAGUUUUAUCGAUGUAUUCAUGGUCAGACAACAGAAGGAGUUGAACAACCCUAACUCAUAUUUCCAUGAAGACAAUUUAAUGUGCACGACAAUGAACCUGUUUGCUGCAGGGAUGGAGAGCACCUCAACCACACUUCGUUGGGGAAUGCUUCUGAUGAUGAAAUAUCCAGAGAUCCAGAGAAAGGUUCAUGAGGAAAUUAUCAGAGUGAUUGGAUCAGAACGACAUCCCAGAGUUGAAGAUCGGAAAGAUUUGCCGUACACUGAUGCAGUGAUCCAUGAAAUCCAGAGGUUUGGGGACAUCGCACCACUGAACAUAACACAUGAAACAGCAGCGGACGUAAACUUCAGAGGGUACUUCAUUCCAAAGGGAACCCAUGUAAUCCCAUUGCUGUCCUCUGUGCUGUAUGAUAAAACCCAAUGGGAAAAACCAAAUGAGUUCAACCCAUCUCACUUUUUGAAUGCCGAGGGCAAGUUUGUGAAGAGAGAUGCCUUCAUGCCUUUCUCCGCAGGUCGAAGGAUUUGUGCCGGUGAGAUUCUGGCUAAGAUGGAGCUGUUCCUCUUCUUUACUACACUGAUCCAAAAAUUUAAGUUUCAAGUCCCACCGAAUGUCAGUGAACUGGAACUCGAGUCAGGGUUGCAGAAGAACACAACCAUCAUGUUAUAGAAGAACUACCUAUCCUAU